CAUUCUAACGCGAAGUGCAGCCAAGGGCAGUUGAUAGCGAGUUGGCUUGUGAGGAAUUGUUGUAGUGCUGAUGUGUAUUUGUUCGCUGUGAUUUUAUGCAGAGUUCAUGUAAUUCUAAUUCCCAUUGCUUAUUGUCCCCGAAGUCCUAGUCGUGGCUAAUGCUGCUCCUGCGGGAAGAAGUGUACAAGAAGUGUCUGACGGUAUUAGAAAAGUUUGCGUAAAGUGUGUGGUUGUGUAAACGAAAACAAGGAAGACUAGGUGAAUCAAUAUUUAAAACGUAAACCCCGUUAAAAACCCAUUGUGAAACAUGCACGAGGAAGCCUCGUCCACGGCUAGCUCGUCCUCACCGAAAACGACCUCCAACAUCGUGUAUGCAAACGGUGGUGGUAUGUUGCUUUCCACCUCGCCCACACCCGGUCCGGGAGUGGCCUCUUCCUCAUCGUCGUCGUCGUCCACUUCGUCUGCAUCGUCCUCCACGUCGGUAUCGUCCGCGACCAACCUGUACGAUGUGGUGGUACAGCAGGAUUUGCUUCUUCCGAACAAUCAUCACAGUGCGACCUACCACGGUCAUCAGCAUCUGCAGCAACAGCAGCAGCUACACCAUCAGCAACAUUCCCAGCAAACGUUACAGCACGUUACGUCCAAUUUGGCAACGAUUGCUACCAAAAUAAUCGUCACCGGGACCGGUGCUGGUAUGCAUCAUAGCAUGCAGCAGCAGCAGCAGCAGCAACAGCUCCACCUGCAGCACGAUCAUCACCAUCAGCAUCAUAACCAUCACAACCACCUGCAUCAGCACCACCAACAGACGCACCAUCAGGUGCAUCAGCACGUACAGCAGCAACACCAUCAGCCAAGUUCCUCUACGAACGUGAUCGUCACCGGUACGAACCACGGCCCGUCGCUACUCGUGCAGGCUAGUUCGAGCGGUGUCUCCGACCUGCUGCUUGGUCAAGAUCCCAUCACCACCACGACGGCAAAUGCGGCCACGGCAGCGACACUAAUUGCCCUGACUCCCGACGAAGUGGUGGAGUCGGUGAUUGACGGUCGCGUUGUAACAGCAACGGAUGAGGAUACGCUUCUCAGCAGCCUGGCCGGCACUGCCACCUCGUGCACGGCCGAUGGUGUCGUGGAUGAGGUGGACGAACAUGUCGUCACGAUGGUCGACGGUACGCUGCUCGGCUGUGGCGAUCCUCUACAGCCGACCCACCAGCAUCAUCAGCAGCCCAGCUCCUCGUCCAGUAUUACGAUCGUUACGGAGGAGUCCAUACUACCGCUGGCCGUAGCCCCGACAUCCUGCGUGCUGACGGUAACCACACGAUCACCAGCCUCGUCCACAUCCUGCUCCUCCACUUCGGCCCCAUCAUCCUCGUCGUCCUCGUCCGGCGUAUCAACGGUUCCUCUAUCCUCGUGCUCGAUCGGUAGUUCCUCCACCACCGCCACGACGGUCGUUGCGGUUGCGUCCGUCGGGAGUAGCGGAGGGCAUACCGGGUCUGGUGCCGGUGCCGGCGUCGUUAUAUCCGCCAUGUCGGUAAAUAACGACGCGGCGCACCUAACCGAGGCGAUCGAGAUCAAGAUCCCGGAGGAGGACGGCGCGAGCUACGCUGAGGAUUCGGACGGCGGCGGCGGCGUCGGUGGAGCCGGCGGUCCCUACCAUCAUGGGGGCAGCGAUGGGAGCGGUGGCGGCGGCGGCGGCGGCGGCAGCAACAGCAAUGGCAGCAAUGGUGGCGGCGGUCAGACGGCCGGCGGCCAAACGGCGGGCGGCACAUCCUCGGCAGCGGCGGCAGCAGCGGCAGCCUAUCUGGCGAUACCGGCCUCAGAGCUGUGCCCGGUGUGCGGCGACAAGGUGUCCGGCUACCACUACGGGCUGCUAACGUGCGAAUCGUGCAAGGGCUUCUUCAAGCGCACCGUCCAGAACAAGAAGGUCUACACGUGCGUCGCCGAGCGCCAGUGCCACAUCGACAAGACGCAGCGGAAGCGCUGCCCGUACUGCCGCUUCCAGAAGUGUCUCGAGGUCGGCAUGAAGCUGGAAGCCGUGCGAGCCGAUAGGAUGCGCGGUGGACGGAACAAAUUCGGCCCCAUGUAUAAACGGGAUCGGGCGCGAAAGCUGCAGAUCAUGCGCCAACGACAGCUCGCCCUCCAGGCCCUGCGGGGUUCGAUCGGUGGUGGUGUCGGCAUCGGUACGCUCGGUUCGGAUGGUGUGUCGCCACAGUUGCAGGGUCUCGACUAUCACCAACCGUACUCGAGCAUGCACAUCAAACAGGAAAUUCAGAUACCACAGGUCUCAUCCUUAACGUCAUCGCCCGAUAGUUCGCCCAGCCCGAUUGCGAUCGCCCUCGGACAGGUUAAUCCGCAGACGACGAUAUCGCUCAGUAGCAGCGGAGUCGGCGGCAACGGUGGUGGCGGCGGCGGUGGAGGCGGCGGUGGUGGCGGGGGCGGCGGUGGUAAUAACGGAUCCGGUGCCGGCACCGGCAGUUCCAACUCCAGCGCCACCAGCAUCCAGAAUCCGCUGUCCGACUCGAAGCUGUGGAUGAGCGCCAACUCGACGACCGCCUCGCCCCAUUCGCUCAGUCCGAAGGCGUUUAGCUUCGACUCGAAUCCCACCAGCACGGCCGACUCCGGCAAUCCGGCCGACACCCUAAGGGUAUCGCCGAUGAUCCGCGAGUUCGUCCAGUCGAUCGACGACCGCGAAUGGCAGACGUCGCUGUUCUCGCUGCUCCAGAGCCAGUCCUACAAUCAGUGCGAGGUCGAUCUGUUCGAGCUUAUGUGUAAAGUUUUGGACCAAAACCUAUUCUCCCAGGUCGAUUGGGCGCGAAAUACGAUAUUCUUCAAGGAUUUGAAGGUGGACGAUCAGAUGAAGCUGCUCCAGAACAGCUGGUCGGAUAUGCUGGUGCUUGACCACAUACACCAGCGUCUGCACAACGGGCUACCGGACGAAACCACCCUGCACAAUGGGCAGAAGUUUGAUCUCUUAGGUUUAGGGCUGCUGGGCGUACCGAGCCUGGCCGAGCACUUUAACGAGCUGCAAAACAAGCUGCAGGAGCUCAAGUUCGAUGUCGGCGAUUAUAUCUGCAUGAAGUUCUUGCUGCUGCUAAAUCCCGAUGUCCGGGGGAUCACCAACCGAAAGACGGUCGUCGAGGGCUACGAGAACGUGCAGGCGGCCCUGCUGGACUAUACGCUUACCUGCUACCCGUCGGUGCCUGAUAAGUUCAGUAAGUUGCUCAGUAUUAUUCCGGAGAUCCACGGAAUGGCAGCUCGGGGUGAGGAGCAUCUGUAUAUCAAACACUGUGCCGGCAGUGCGCCCUCACAAACGCUGCUAAUGGAGAUGCUUCACGCCAAGCGGAAAUGAAGCUGGCCGGUCGACCCUACUCCACCCACAGCAGCUGGUGUAUCACUGGUGCCGCGCAAUCCGGUGGCCAGCAGUCAGCUCAUGAGUGCGGCCGCCGAGGAAUAAGUAGCCGCGCGCAAGGACAACGCUCAUUCGACGCUCCCGAGCGCGCUGGUCAGCUGUCUGGACCAUUUUUGCGCACCAACCGCGCAAUGCCGUCUAAUGUUAUAGUGAGGGGUGUAUAUUUUUGGUUGUUGUACAUUUCCAACCCACCCACUAUUGUUUCGCCGCCCUCAUACGCACACUCACACACAAAUGCCGCACAUGCACAAACACACGUCCGCAAUCAUGGCCGGGAAAUGGAAGCCCGCUUCGGUAUGCGAUUAUUUAACAGUUUUACUAUCUCCCUCAACGCUUCGACCCAUCGUACCGGCGGAAUGAAUCGUAGUUUUGUUUUACUUCUACUUCCUUUUUUUUCGGUGUAUACUUAAGAUCGUUUUCGCUCGUUAGACUUUAAGCAGAUCGGAUUGCCGCGUACGCGUAUACCAAUGCCGCUAGGUGUACCGCAUCCCCGUUUUUGAUCGUUUCUCGAUUUUUUAGUUUCGUACCCCGAUUCCCCCUCUCGUUACAAGUAAUUAGAGCUAGCGUGUCCGCUUUAAGUCACCUAUCUGCAAGCAAAAACAAAAAGAACCACGAAUCAUCGCGAUAAUUGUAAUUUUGUUUUAUUUCUUUACGUUGUUAAGUAAUUGUGGUAUUAGGGGUUAGUAGUGUGUAGCUAUGUAUCGGUAGGGAACCAAAACCUACGAUUCAGGACCGUUCAUGUGCGUGUGCUUGUGUGUGCAUGUGUAUGUGUGUGUGUGUGUUGCGCGGGAAAGAUGAGCAAAUAGAAGUAAGCAAAGGAUCAGAACAACGGAACAGAAGAUACCUUGACGAAAACAAACAAAAAAAAACACACACACAAACACAAACGCUACUAGGUGAUUAACAAAUUCUACAAAACGGUGAUUCUAAGUAAAAACAAAUAAGGGAAUGCUGAAAAGCAGUGGAGAGAACAUGUAAGAAUUGUGCAAUGCUAGCAAGUCCUUUCAAAGAAACGCAACCGCCUAAAAGAAAAUAAAACACACGCAAAGAAACACACAGCACGCACUCACACACACACAUACACAGUUAGCAAACAUGUCGUUACCAUUUGCAUCUCAGAGAACGUACCAGAAAUGUUUUAUUCUAUUUAUUGUUUUUUUUUUGCGCGGGCAGAAUGCCAACACUGGAUCGGGUGGGUGGGUGAUGAUGAGCAGACGCAGCAGUGGCAGUGGCUUUGCGUUACUCCAUACCAUCGUUUCACAUAAAGUAGCCAUAACAAGCAAAACCCGUACACACGAGCAACAGCAUCACUAAACUCACCAAAUAGUUCAGAUAAAAAUUGGAGUGAAAACGGUUAUAGUACCCCCAAUCGGUCCGCACAGCUUAAGUAAGUGGUAGUUUUUUUUUACGUAUAAAGCAGAUGGAUGUGUAGAGGGAAGGUUUGCCAUUUGGACGCUAAAUUACAAUCACCACUCGAAGGGACAGAAAAAGUCGUAGACACGAGAUAUUGGAAAAAAACACCAUCCCAUCUCACCGCACACCUGUGUAAACGUGCGCAUUAGUGUGUGUGUGUGUGUGUGUGUUCCGUGUGCAGUACCCAUGUGCAGUAAAGGCACGUGAAAAUACUACCGAUUUUUUAUGUUUACGAACAUUAUCCUAACCGUAAACAUAGUCGUUUGUACAGUUUGUUAUAUAAGUUUGCAAAAGAAAAGAAAAAAAAACAUUGCGCCGGUUUAAUAGCAAAAGAAGGGGAAACGCUUGUAAAUUUUGUUUAUGUUUAAAUUCUUUACCAACUCCUACAUUUUUGCCCACAUAAAAUAACCGGGAGGACAGAUAGGAUGUGUAUAGAUGUAGUGGGCAAGGAAAACCCCGUACCACCACCAUGCUGAAACCGCGUACGGGGCAUGUGUUAAUAGUGAUCUAGAGAGUGUUAAGUGCGUGAUCGGCAGGAUGUUUUUAGUAGUGAUAGUAACUAGCGGUAGUACUAAAAACGAAGAAGCCGAAAAGAGGGUGAGUAAGGGGAAGGGAGGAAUAAACAAACACACACAAACACACACACACAAAACGGAAACAAAGGAUCUAAAACUAAGUGUUCACUAAAUGUUAAAGCAAAAAUCAUGAUUCAUACGAGAAAAAAAAAACAAUGGAACAGAUAGAUAAGGAUGAGACAUAGUAAGGCAAGGCAAGAUCUAGUUAUAUAGCAGAUGCAGAACACGGUAAUCGUUGCGUUUUGCGUGUACGGGCGGGUUUUAUGUACGUGUAGGUAGCCUUUUCUUUUCGGACUACCCGUGCAGUGGGGAGGGCUUUUUAUUGUUAAUGCCCGCCAGGCUCAACACGAGUGUGCAGAAUUUUAUGUGCAAUAUGGCUGCUACUCGUCGGUUUUAAACAGAGCAUUUUUCGUUUUGCUUGUUGCGUCGGUGGUGUUUCGCUAUAUUUAAAAGAGCAGCACAAAAUGUCCUAUCGGCGCCCGUUCAACGCUAUUACAGAUGUUUUUCACUUGAGUUCGAAUUCGCUGUUGUCGAACAGUCGUAAUAUAGUAACUUUUGCCACUGAUGUUUUUUUUUUCUUCUUCACGCAAUAAUGGCCGUGAAAUGAAACGGUUUCAACAACAUGGGCAUACAACACUAAAGCAACUCGUUACAAAAACCAUACAGCAAGCAGUGCAGAAAAAAGAGACGAAAAAACACGAAAGCUAAGAUAAGACAUAAUCUAAACCUAUCUCAGUAAUCGUUGCUGUUUACAACCCACGAAAAAAAGUAUAAACUACACAAAAAGCAAACAACAAUAUGAAAAACCAUUGUUCUAACUGUUACUAAAUACUGUGUACAACGCAAAUACCAUUACAAAAAAAAAACAUACACAAACAAAAACAUGUUACCCAAACUGUUGAUAUUAACUGUUUCCUCACCCAAUCAUCUUGAAAGCUUAUAAUAACAGCAAAAACAAACAAAAAAAAACCACUACAAACUAUAAAACAAUCUAUAUAGCUUCGUACAAUGGAUCCCGUACAGGACCAUUCAGAAGAAGAACCGUAAUGUUUAUUAUUAUUAACAGCUGUGCUCCAAUUUUUCGAAGGACAUCGAUCUAUUUUUUAGCGUGAUGUCCAUUUUACAGUCGCCGGCAUACAAACGAAACAACACCUACAACUAGAAAUCGAUCGAUGGUAUAUAAAGAAUAAAACAGAACAAACCUGAAUAGUCAACAAAACACUUACGAUCAACAAAUGUUACCGAAUGUUACAACAACAAAACAAAAAGGAAGAAUGUAAUGAAAUAACUAUUACCACACCUUGUACAUUAAACUGAAAAUAACCCAAAAUACCCAAUCGUACCCGUAUGCAAUAGCCAAUUUUAAAAACGCUUUUGUCGUAUUACACACUUAGAACUGCAAUAGUUAAAAAAAAAACUAAACAAGCAAAACAAAACAGAAGCGAAAAAUGGCCGAAUGAAUCCGUCUAUUUACAAAACAAUGGAAACAAAACAAAACUGCAAAAUAGAGAAGAAAUGUUGAACACACUCGCUAUAUCCCCCCCUCCCCACUGACACAGCGAUACAACAAAAUGAGCGUGAAUUGAUAAAAAAAACACCACAUAAAAUCACAAAGGAAUGAAUGAUCCAGGAAAGCAAUCAAAAAGGGCACAAGAAAUAUGGAUGCCAAAGCGAAAAGGCGUACCCAAAAACAAAAACUAAACAAAAGCGGGAAAACAACACAAAUUUUAUAUGAUAGUGUAAAUAGUAGCUUACGUAUUGUGUUAAGGGCAUUCUUACAUUCCAUCCUGUACUGCUACUGGUGCGCGCACCACUGUCACCGUUUUAUGUCCAUUUCCGUUGUGUUCUUUUAUGUUUCUGCUCUUUUUACCUUAUCUGCUCUGUUUCUGCACUUUCGAUUCUAUCUUACGCUACUGUCUUUUAGAUACUGUUUUAUAAUAUAUUAUUUGCUAUUGUUAAACUGUUUUAUUUUCUUCUUCUUUUGUUUUUUCUUGCUUCUUUUAUCCUCUUACUAUUUUCCGCUAAAGCUUUACGUUUACUUCUUGCGUUACUGUUACACUUUAUUUUUCCACCUUAUUUUUUCACUUCUUGCUUGUUGCUGAAGUUUAGUUUUCAUUGUCUCAUUAUCUGUUUUCUAUUUUCGAAUCUCUGUGUACUACUAUUCCUUUUGUAACAUAUUUCUACACUGUCGAAUUCUACUUUGGUAUUACUUAUUCUAUUUAUAUUUCCUGUUCUCUUAUUUCCUUUCACACUCUUCUUCUUUGCAACAUCUUCCUUGUUUUAUUUCUUUGCUUCUCUUAUUUCUCCAUUCUUUUCUCCACUUCGAAACUGAAAAACCUACACCACGUGCUAGCUUUCAAAUGUGUGUUGCCGAGGAAAGAUGUUGCCCAAAAGGCAUAACACUCAAACAACAAAUGAACAAAACAAUUAUCGAAUGUGUUCCGAAUCAUCAUGAUGAUACAAGUUAAAGCAACCAUUGCAGCUGCUAGUGUACGAUUGUAAUCAUUGUAGUUAAAACCAACACUCACGUCAUGUGCUCAAGCUUUAGCAAGGAUUAAAAUAACAACAAAACAAUACAACAGUUUACACAAACUCCACACAAACGUUACGGGGUGCUAUCCAGGCGGUUAUUCUUUCGUUCGUCCAUCCCGAGCAGCUCGUUGUGGACAAGAAAAUAAAAGAGAGAAGAGUAACACAAACGAGUGUAGUUAGUAGCAAACGGUAUGAUCGCUACCGUAGGAGCGCCUUUGAUCGAUGUUGUUAGCUUUUAGUACCAACUAAUGCGGCAAAAAAAAGAAUGGAGCAUAAAUGGUGAACAGUACCCACAGUGCAGCAGUUGGAAGCUAGUUCCUUCGGUAAAAGAGUAGACAAACUAUAUAUUUUUCGAUGUUAACUUUUAUGUCCCACUUAGCUAUCGGAUUGUAGUGUGCAAGUAAAUGGGAGGAAAACGAACAUACACAGAGACACACAUUCGUUCAGAAAAAAAAACACUUACACACACACAUACAAACACACAGCAUACAUAUUAAAUGAAAUGCCUUUUCAAAGUACAAACCGUGUUGUAUUGGAGGGUGCAGUGAGAGUAGAGGUGCAAGUUUACUUUCAACAUCGUUCAGUAAGGUGGAAAACGUUAGAUGACUCCAAGAGUGUACGGUACAGAGGUUUUGCUGAACGUUUUUGAAUUUGACGUAUGUGUGUGUAGCGUGCGCGCGUGUAUUUAAUGUAAAAUAAUGUUCUCUCGUACUCGAGUCGUGUAUAUAUGAUUUAGGGCAGUUACAAAAAAAAAAUGGUGGGGAGGUAGUGACCAAAAAAUGUUUUCUCGUGUUACCUUUAUUAUUAGAAGAUGUACUAGAAGGAGGAACGCAUACACGCACACAUACACGCAAGAGGUAGUAGAUACGUAUCUUCGCUCAUGCGACAAAAAUGGACAUCAGCAAAUACUAUAAUAUUCCCUCGUUUAAUGCGCAGGCAACAUUAGAUAGAUGGAAUACAAAAUGGUAUCGCAACACACGUUUGAAAGCUUGCCAGAAGUAAUCGGUACGUCCUGUAAAACGCUUUGGCAUUUGGAGGGUAUCAAUUAUAUUUUAACUUCCCCGCAAAGAGAUGAGAGAUGAGAGGAGGCUGCAAUCUGGUAAUGCUGUGACAUACACAUUAAACAAAAGGAACGUUGGAAUAGGGCGCUAGUAGUAGUAGUAGUAGGGUGAAAAGAUGGUUGAAGCAACACACAAAUAAGGAACGGUACACCGAACACCCGCUAAACGAAUUGCUGUGACAGAUUAUAAGGAACUAGUUCCGGGUACUAGGUUGUGUUUAGUUACGUUACGUUUUCACUACGUUUCGUGUGGCAUUACGUCCUUGCCCUGGGGAAGGCUAAAAUGUGUGCGCAGUCAGGUCCGGUACAUCAUGUGUGAGUGAAAGUGUUUGCAAAAGUUAGAUAAGAUAUCAACACAAAAUACGUAGCUAGUUGUUAAGAAGGGAACGGUUUGGGCGGUUGGUGGCACCCACCCCCGAUUAAUCCAUCCCCAAUUAAUUAUGUUUAUGAAAAACAUUCCAAAAAUAGCAUGCAGUACAGCGAAGUAGGGAAAGGAACCGUGGUUGUUACGGCAACAAGAACGCAGGAUCAAACUACCCAACACUACACUAAAAGCAAAAAAACCGUGGAAAUAUUAUUAGAUUGAAAAUCAUAAUUUGCCACAGUGAUAUAUUAGGAGUAUAGGACUAGAAGGUAGUGGAUGUAGAAAGGAAGGUCAAAAUAUGCAGUAUGUACACUUAAUUUCCCCUUCAUUGCAUUGUUAUUUUUCCCUUUUCCCUAGUGAACUUCGUUAAAAUUGUGUCUUUGUAUGUGUACACGCACACAAACACACGCAGACACAAGUCGCAGGAAGUUGUUCCCAUUCGUUAGUGUCCCUUUUGAUCCUUCACGCAUAAUGCUCGCUCGAACCGAUCGUUCCUGGAUCAUUCGUUCCGUGUCACCUUGUCACCGAUGUGUGUGUUUUUGGUAGCCGUUAGGAUAGGAUGCGAAAUUUAACCUAUACAAAGGAGAAAGAAAACAAACAAAAAAAAACAACAACACUGCACCACAAACACAACAAAUCUGGUUUCCACUUACUGUAAUUACACCGAGCGAACGGAAAAUAUACACAAAGCAAAGUUUAGCAAAGUAACUAGCCAGCAACAAAACAAAAAUCACUAAAACGUAGCCCAUCACGCAAAAAAAAACAAACAAACAAACAAACCCUUUGCCUAAUUGGAAAGAAUGUGCAAAAAAAAGGG